UUAGGCCAAGGACUUGCUGGAUGAGCUGAACUGCAAGAGGGACCGACUGAGAGAGUUGCGACAGGAAACAUGGAAGUUGUAUGAAGAAGCUAAACGUCUUGCUCACGAGCGGAGGGCUCACUUAAAGGACACUGGCGCCCCCAAUCCCCAGGAAGACUUCCGCAUGGUGGAGCUCAACAGAGCAAUGCUCGGUGCAAAGACUAGUUACCUCACAGCCAAGAAGGCCCUAGAGACAAUGAACAAGGACUUCAAUCGGUUGCGUGAGCAAGAGAGGAAGAACAUCCUCGAGGGGGCGGAGAUCAUCGCCACCACGCUCAAUGGAUCCGGAAAUCAGGCCUAUGUGAGAGCAGGCAUUGAUAUUGGGUUCACGGUCAUUGAUGAGGCGGCGCAGUCUACCGAACUUGAUGUGCUAAUUGCCCUGCAGCACAACGGGCGCAAAUGCGUCAUGGUGGGUGACCCCAACCAGCUGCCAGCCACAGUCCAAUCUCAAGUGUCCAAGGACUUGGGCUAUGACCGCAGCAUGUUUCGACGGAUGCAGUUGUACUUCAUGCAGCAGCCAGACAACAUAAAGAGCCCUGUGGAGCUGUUGACGGUGCAGUAUCGCAUGCACCCGGAGAUCGCCGCCUUCCCCUCCAAACACUUCUACAACGGACAACUCAGAGACCACCACACCACCUUCAACAUGCCUGAGACCCCCGUGUACCAGCACGUGUUUGGGCCGUACAUGUUCGCCAAUGUCAAAGGCAUGGAAGAGCGAUCGCAUGGCAGCUACAUCAACCAACAGGAGGCGGUAGAGGCCCUGGCGCUGUUCAUUUGGGUGUGCUUGAGUUGUAAAGCCACCGGAUUCUCUGGCAGAGUGGGCAUUGUGACUCCGUAUUCGGCCCAGAAGAAACUCAUCCGUCAGAAGUUCUGCAGUUUCUUCAGCGGAGACAGUAUUCUGAGUCACGUGGAAAUCGACUCUGUCGACUCCUACCAGGGACGUGAGAAAGAUAUCAUCAUCCUCUCCUGCGUACGUGCGAGUCACAGCGGCAACAUCGGAUUUCUCAACGAUGUGCGGCGUCUCAAUGUCGCACUCACUCGGGCGAAGCAUUGUAUGUGGGUACUGGGGAACGCUGAGCUUCUAUCCAGGGACAAGGAUUCAUAUGUAUUCAAGGAAUUGGCGGAUGAUGCGCGCGAGCGUAAUAUCAUGAGAGACGACAGCCCCUGGACUCCAUAUUCCGAUAGCAGGAAACACAAACCACCGGCCAAUGCGAUGAAGCUGGAUGCUCAAAUAGGCCUCGCACUGCCGAAGGCCACCAGCGGCUACCGAGCCAUGGCAUACGAGAGCUCGAAUAUGGAUGUGGAUGCCAUCCCACCCAGGCUACAGGACAGGGUAGAUAGGGGCAGUGUGGAAAGGGUUCGGGAGGCCCUCCCACCCAGUUUACAGGACAGGGUGGGCCCGAGCAGUGUGGACAGGGCUGGACGGGACUCUACGGCAGAUGAGCGAAAGGGCUCGGGCUUGGGCGGGGGCGGGGAGGAGCGAACUACAAUGGUUUCUGCUGUGCAGGCCAAGUAUAGUCAACCAGCAGACAGGAACAGGCAUUCCUCGGCGCACGGCGUGGGACCCAGUAGUAGAGGGCAAGAUAGCCGGGACAGGACAAAGACCCCAGAUAUCCGAGACACGCACCUGUCCAGAAAAAGGGACUCGCAUGCACCUGAUGCGCCAGACAGACGGGCGAGGGGUGGCAGUGGGGGGCGCAGUAGCCGCGGUAGUUCUAACGAAAUCAGGGGCCACACAGCCAAGCGUACCAGAGGAGAGGAGGCCGACGGCAACCAGGACAGGAAGCAUGCGAGGACGGACACGGGCAGAAGACGGGACGAAGACCGCAGCACGAACACAGCAAAACACCUGGACAAACAACAGAACCCGAAAGCUAAGGCGAAGGGGUCUGGGUCGGCAGAUGGGAAUGAGAUGGAAGAGGGUGAGAUCGAUGAGACGCACACAGGCGCAGGCAAGGGCAAGGGCAAGGAAGGGGUGGCCCGUACAACCAGCCAACGGGACCAUUCUCACACGAGAGAGGACAGCAGUGCACGUGCACGUGACAGGAGAGGCAGCAGAGACAGCCGAGGCAGUCGAGACGACGCACGGGCUACCACGGGCGAUGGAGAGCAUGCGAAACAGCUCAAACGGAGCCACUCACAGGACACAAAGGACUACGCCAACGACCGCGUCACGCAGCUGCGCCAGGAGGGUGGGCGCGAUAGUAGAGCACAGCCCCUGACCCAAAACGACGGGACAGGGUUUAAACAGUCCAAAGGGCAAAUGAACAAUGUGAAGCACCCUAGCAACAGUACCAAACAGCCAAUGAAACAGUCCAAAGGACAAAUGAACAAUGCAAAGCACCCUAGCAACAGUACCAAACAACCAAUGAAGCAGUCCAAAGAGCAAAAGAACAACGUGAAGCAGGCCACCAACAACACCAAACAGCCCAACAGCAACAGAUUGGUACGCGAAUCUGUACCAAACUACCGGCAGGAAGGCGACCAACACCCCUCCUCUCGAACCUACGUGUACACGAACCAACCCGGCAAUUGUAAACCGCAUAGUAAGCAUCCUGGGCCCCAGGGCGGGCCUAAAGCCGCACCUGAAGGGAAGGAAAGCUUUAGGAAAGGCAGUCGAGUGGAUACUGUAGGCGGUAGUAGCGGAGAGAGAGGGUCGAGCGCCAACGAGUCGGCUAAUGCGGACAGACAGCUUGGAGAGGCUCUGAGGGAGAACAGGCCGAAGAAGAAGCCAAGGCAGGCGAAGAAAAGUACACCGCCUAGUUUCCUAGACGAGCUUUUGGGGUCGAUGAAAAAUGACUACAAGAAUCCAGGCGGCAAGCGACAGGUAGGGCGGGACCAUAUUUGAUACUUAGGAGAUCAGCAAUAAAGAUCUAUGCGCAUGUGCCCA